AUGUGUGCACCGCGCGACGAAUUCAUUAGUGAAAGUUCCGACGAAUCUGCUGAAGCUUUGAUGAAAAUAGUGGCAGAAGAAGCGAUCACUUGUCUUGAGCAUCAAGUCCCUGGACGUUCGCUAUAUUGUCCAAAGGUGGCUCUUACCAAGAUGCCGUAUUUUCGUAAUCCAGACUCCGAGUUUGAAAUUUCUGGGGCAUUGUUGGAUCCCAUCCCCAAGCCUGUUUUCGUGUCUUUAACAAUGUAG